AUGGAACCAGACGUCACCACGAAUCCGCAAGACGGACUCUCCACGACGCAACGAAAUGCGACGCAGCCAGAGUCUUCUGAGACAGUAUCUCUGCGUCGCCUCAAGAAGCGAGAGACAGAUAGGCUCAGCAAACGCAGGACGCGUGAACGGAAGCAGCUACAUAUGCAACACAUGGAAGCUGUGAUGGAGAGCCUAGAGCAACACGACUCGAGUGGCCAAGUCGCUGCUCUUCGUGGCCAGCUGGAAAGGUCCGAGCGAGAACGCGCUUUACUUGUCCGAACUUUGCAAGAUAUUCAGCAUCUUAUUAGCCAGAGAGGGCCCCGGGCGAAUCAUUCCGAAACGAGGAGCUCGAGUACAACGAGUGAUGAGCAUGGCAUCACCAGAGCUGGCGCAAUUUACCCACCUGCAUCCGCGGCGGCUCAUCGACGCAUUCAAGAUGAUAUGCUCUCAAGCAAUUCCAAUGUCCAGGACAGCCGGAAGGCGAAUCAGGAAUUUCAUCCAGCUCGGGCGAUCCGAGGAGGGCAUGAAACCAACGAGAUAUGUGCUCCGCCGCCGAACAAGACGUCUACCAAAACCACGAUCCAAUCGCAAGCGUACAAUUGGAUCAAACCUGCCGCAAAAUGUUCCUGUCAAACUCACGUGAAUCGCUUGUCCGGCCAUGAUGCAGUGUGGCAAGGCAACUAUUGGAAGUUCUGUGUUGAUGUUCUGGACGAACGAUUCGACUGGGCAGAAGACAUCGGGCCCGCUGACGACGACGAGUCUGACGAUGUGCUAGUCCGCGGAGUGCUUGAAGGUUGGGACAGUGUCGAGCAAAAUCGCCGCGCUCCAUUGCAUCCUUCUCUGCAGAUGCUCCGUCGCGUUGACGAAGCUAUGUUUGGACCAAUACCGAUGACUGAACGACUGGCGAUGCUCCGAGCCAUGCAUUUACUUCUCCAAUACCACACCGAUCCGACUGCAGAACGCUACGAGCGCUUACCUCCAUGGUAUACGUAUCGACCUGAGCAGCAUAAAAAGCACACAUAUGCGGUCGAGUACUGGGCGUGGCCUCAAUUCCGUCUCCGUUUCGUUGGAGACGAGCAUUUGUACUGCGGUAAUGGCUUCUUCCGAAUGUACCAGGAUGAGAUGCGACUACUAUGGCCUUUCGAGUUCCGAGACUGCUACACUCAUGAUCUGGAAACUGGGCUGUACAAGCCAAGCAUGCUUUUUGAUCAAAGGAUCAACAACAUUAAUUGCUGGACGAUGGGGCCAGACUUUUUUGAAAAGUUUCCGGAGCUGUCUGGCGUUAUACCUACGAAUCUACGUUCGGUUCCGCAGUCGAUGCCCGCAGCGGGUGUGUCGAGGAGAGGGAAGCCGCAAUCUUCUAUGAACACCACGUUUCCAAGGCAAGCCCGGACUGGCUUUGUAGAAGCCGAAGACGACGAGCCAGUACAAAGACCAGCGCAAGGAGGGAAUUACGCCGCGUGCUCUGCGCCUUGCAAUACAGUAUCGCUUCCACCUUAUCCGCAAAUAACUGGGGUCACAGCUUCUCAUUUUCAGCGGAUGCCUGCUACAACGUUGCACCAGAGUCAUCGCCGGCCUGUUCAAAACCCUGUGAACGUCUGGCCCAAUGCCGGGUAUGGGUGGCAUAAUUUGUCUGACACCGAAGCUUGGUUCAACGAACUCGGAACUACUGGCACUGGCUCUAGCUUGGACGCUGGUAUUGCUGAGAAUGUCCCAAUGGAGCCUUUUCUUGACAUGGACUGAAUUUGUUACAUUGCGGCUGAAAGGUAUUGAAGUACUGCAUCAACAACAACACAAUUACAAUCAAGUGCUUGCCGCCCACUCAGAACCCCCAACGACAGCUUCAUCAAGCACUCUCAACCUCACUAGGCUCUACCUUCUUCCCAUUAGCACCCUUCUCCCCCAUAACAACAUCCUUGAACACCGCAAAACUCGACUCCGUCUCCCCCAAAACCGGAAAAUGAAACCCACACUUCGGACACUGCUCCCUCAGCACAGCCUGCUCCUCACUCAACUCAUACUUCUUAUCCUGCGUCUCCGCACAAACAGGACAAACUCUCAACAACCUCGUCCCCACCAAUUCAAAAUUCGUAAUCAGAUCUUCCAUGAUUGCACCAUUUGCUGCCCAGGCUUUACAGUGUUUGUGAUAGGUGUUUUUAUGCCAGUGG